GGGGCCGGCGGGCCGGGCCAUGCAGCGCUCCCGGGCGGCCGCGGACGAGGCGGCUCUGCUCCUGGCCGGGCUGGCCCUGCGGGAGCUGGAGCCGGGCGGCGACUCUCCGGGCCGGGGUCGGCGGGGGCCGCGGCCCGGGCCGGCGGACGAAGCGGCCCAGGCGUUGGGCCGUAGGGGGCAGGGCGGCGGCGGCGGUGGCCCCGAGGCCGGGGUGGACGGACUGAGCCGCGGGGAGCGAGGCCCGCGGCGCGCGGCGGCCCCAGAGCUCAGCGCGCAGCCGGCGGGCAGCCCACGGGCCAGCCUGGCGGGCUCCGACGGCGGCGGCGGCAGCGGCAGCGCCCGCUCCAGCGGCAUCAGUCUCGGCUACGACCAGCGCCACGGCAGCCCGCGCUCGGGCCGCUCGGACCCGCGCGCGGGCCCCGGGCCGCCGUCGGUGGGCAGCGCCCGCUCCAGCGUGUCCAGCCUCGGCUCCCGCGGCUCGGCUGGCGCCUACCCGGACCUGCUCCUGCCCGGCGCCUGUCCCGCGCCGGCUCGCUCCCCGGAGCCCGCCGGGCCGGCCCCUUUCGCUCUGCCUUCGCUCCAGCUGCCCCCGGGCCGGGAGGGCGGCCCGAGCGCGGCGGAGCGGCGGCUGGAGGCGCUGACCCGAGAGCUGGAGCGGGCGCUGGAGGCGCGCACGGCGCGGGACUACUUCGGUAUUUGCAUCAAGUGUGGGCUUGGCAUCUAUGGAGCAAGGCAGGCAUGCCAGGCGAUGGGGAGCCUAUAUCAUACUGAUUGCUUCACCUGCAACUCCUGUGGGAGACGACUUCGUGGGAAGGCAUUCUACAACGUGGGUGAGAAAGUGUACUGCCAGGAGGACUUCCUGUACUCCGGGUUCCAGCAAACGGCUGACAAGUGUAGCGUGUGUGGACACCUCAUCAUGGAGAUGAUCCUGCAGGCCCUCGGGAAGUCCUACCACCCAGGCUGCUUCCGAUGCUCGGUAUGCAAUGAGUGCCUGGACGGGGUGCCCUUCACUGUGGACGUGGAGAACAACAUCUACUGUGUCAGAGAUUAUCACACGGUGUUUGCACCAAAAUGUGCCUCCUGUGCCCGUCCUAUCCUCCCUGCACAGGGCUGUGAGACAACCAUCCGUGUGGUGUCCAUGGACAGAGAUUACCACGUGGAGUGCUACCACUGUGAGGACUGCGGGCUGCAGCUGAGCGGGGAGGAUGGACGCCGCUGCUACCCCCUGGAGGGCCACCUGCUGUGUCGCCGAUGCCACCUGCGGCGGCUCCGGCCCGGGCCACUUCCCUCACCUGCUGUGCAUGUCACGGAGCUCUGAGCCCGGGCUGAGAGCCCGACCCUGGGGUUGUGUUUGUGCUUGCACGAGCCUGCGGUUUUGUGUGCGUCCCCAUGCGUGCGUGGUUUUACGUAGAAGCGCGCAUGUUUUUCUGCGCAGGCGCGUGUUUUCUGCGUUCGCGCGUGUUUUUCUGUGUAGGCACAUUUUUGCGUGCACGCUAGCGACGCGCGACCCAGGUCAGUGCCAGAGCUUUGUGUCAGGGUGGGCGCGGCGGCGGGCUCCCACCCCACCCCUAUACCCACCAGCCACCGAGCUGCUGUCCGAGGGGCCGGCCCCGCGGCGAAGCUAUUAAUAUUUAUUCACCGUCUGUGCCUCCUCAAGCCGCUUUUUUUCUUCCGGGCCCUGCCUGCUUCCCGCCCUUCCCCCCCAGCGGCUUUCCCUUUCGGGACCCCCUGUGCCCGGUAGCCUCGUGGGGCGGGGGGGGGGGGGAGAGUAGGCUCCCAGACCGGUUCUGGGUCGCAUAGCUGAAGAUGGCCGUUACCACGUGCAGGGGUGCGGGAUACACGGCCGCCGUCCUCCGACUGGCCUUGGGGCAGGAGCCAGUUUCCCUGAAGCGAAGGGGUCUGGGAUCCCCUUCUAGAACGCCCGGGGGUUGGGUGUGGUUUGGCAGGUGGGGGUUUGGGGAAGGGCACGCGUAUUUGUUUCCUAAGCGCCUUGCCUGCUGGUUGGGUGGGAAGGGUUCGUUGUUUGGGUGGGGUCGCUGGAGGGGGUGAGGAAUGACCCUCCUCAGGGAGUAGGGCCUGUGAAGGACCCCAACCUUUGGCCUUUGGUCACUGCGGGUUUUGGUCACCCGGAUUCCGAUGGGUGUUUUCAGCCGUCAUCUCGCCCUGGGCUCCUUUCCAAGCCCUCCCUUCCUCAGCCUCGCGAAAAGAACGCCUUCUCACGCAGAAUUCCAGUCACAGGUCUCGGUCAAGAGAGACCGCGAGGGGGCGCCCUGCCCACUUGUUGCAGGAAAGCACUGUGUAUUAGGCUCCACGACAAAAAGCAUAUAAGUUGACUUAAAUUAAGUUUUUCCUUUGAGAAUAUUUUCAUUUUCUUUAAAAGAAUAUAGUUUUCUUUUAAAACCUUGGUCCACGGUUGUUAUUUCUUAGGAGAAUCACAAGCUCAAAAAUGUCUAAUUUGUAUAUCAUACAGCUAGUGUUCAAGUGGUAAAAAAAAAAAAAAAUUGUAGUUUGACUAUGUUUUUGUAUAAAUUCCUCUGAAAUCUCA